UCCACGCAUCACCACAUCGCACAAAGCUCAAGGUUGUCUCUCUCAAAGCCAUCACCAAAUUAUCUUAUAAGCAAUGGCGAAGAAGACUACCAUAUUGGUUAUCUUCUUUCUUCUCUUUGCAUUCACUUCAUCAAAAUUUGCUUCAGCUUCAGCUGAUAUGGUGCUUGACGCAGAAGGUGACAUGCUUAAAAAUGGUGGCUCAUACCAUAUCGUCCCAGCCUUGUCUGGAAGAGGUGGUGGCCUUGGACUAGCUGCUACAGGGAACGAAACCUGCCCGCUGACGGUGGUGCAGAGACCUUCUGAGGAAACCGAUGGCUUGCCGCUGAUAAUUUCAUCUCCGGCAAGAAUCGCAUACAUCGCAGAGGGUCUUCUUCUGGACAUCGCAUUCUCUGCAGUUCCGACCUGUGCUCCGACACCGUCGAAGUGGACGAUCGUGGAGGAACAACCUGCGGGAAUGUCUGUGAAAAUCAGCGGUUAUAACAAUGCAGUUGAUGGUAAGUUCAAGAUUAUUAAAUAUCAGAGUCUCUUCUAUAAGCUUAAGUUCUGUCCUACUGGUGAUCCUUGUGGAGAUCUUGGCCUUUAUUAUGAUGAAAGUGGCAAUAGACAUCUGGUAAUUGUUACUGAUGAGAGUCCACUUGCAGUUGUGUUCAAGAAAGCCUUAUAACAUAUUUUCCCCUUAAUUUAACAUAUUUAGAGAAGAUCUGAAUUAAAGGGAAAGUUGCACACAAGGACCAUUGAAAAAUGUUAUUUGUAGACAAGAAUCAAAAAAGAAUUGAUUGUUGUUAAAAAUGGGAGCAUGUACUUAUUUUUUACCAAAUGGUGAUUUGUUAUUGGUUAUUGUAUGGGAAUAACAUAUUUUAGCGGUACUUGUGUGCAAUUUUUCCAAUUAAGAUGUAUUUGAUGUGAGUAUGGUGUACCUUAAAUAAACUUGUGCGGCCAAAGCUAUGGCUUUCGUUUCUUGUAUUGCGGAUUUAUAUACCAAUCAAUUAAAUAAACAUUUGUUGUUCCA